AUGCCUUUAAAUAAGUACCAUUGUGAUGUUUGUGCUCUGGAUAUUUCUCGAAUUACGCAUAUUCGGUGCGCGAAAUGUAAUGACUUUGAUCUCUGUAUACCAUGUUUUGCAUCAGGCUCUGAAAUAGGGACUCAUAAAUCAGAUCAUUCAUACAGGGUUAUUGAGCAACCAUCAUUUCCUAUUUUUGAUAAAGACUGGGGAGCAGAUGAAGAAUUGAUGCUUAUAGAAGGACUUGACAGUUAUGGACUUGGCAAUUGGCAGGAUGUUGCAGAUUAUCUUGGAAAUGGAAGGUCUAAGGAGGAAUGUGAAAAGCAUUAUCAUGAUAUAUAUAUAUCUAGUCCAUCUUUUCCAUACGCGAAACGUCUACCUUUUGAUGUUGACCGUGAAGAAUUUCAAAAGCGUAGGAAAGAAAGAGUUAGGAAAUUUUCAACGACAGACAGACUUGUUCCUCCACAAAAACAAAAGCCGGUAGUUUCUACUCCAUCUUGUCAUGAAAUACAAGGAUAUAUGCCAGGUCGUCUUGAAUUUGAGACAGAAUAUGAGAAUGAUGCAGAACUUACAAUUAAAGACAUAAAUUUCGAUGAAGAUAUUUCAGAAAAUGCAGAAGAUGUUAUAGAAUUAAAAUUAACAAUAUUAGAUAUAUAUAAUUCUAAAUUAGAUAAACGCGCAGAAAGAAAGAAAGUUAUAUUUGAACAUGGACUUUUAGAUUAUAGAAAAAAUUUAGCUAAUGAAAAGAAGAGAACUAAAGAUGAAAGAGAACUUAUUAAUAAAACCAAAGCCUUUGCUAGGUUGCAAAAUUCUAAGGACUAUGAUGCAUUUGUAGAAGGGUUAUUAAAUGAAUUAAAAAUUCGAAGAAAAAUUGCAGAACUGCAAAAAUGGAGACAAAACGGGUUUACUACACUGGAACAGGGUCAAAAAUAUGAGCGUGAUAGAUCCCAAAAAGUAACAAAAUCUACUAUUUUAAUACUUAAAUUUAAUUUAAAUCAGCAACUCGCAAUGAAAAAUCCACUAUCUUUAAUAGUUUCUGAUCGAUAUAUUUCACGUCAUACAAAAAACUUAACAGGAAAGCUUCCACAAUCCGCUUCUCAAGAGGAAUUCAUUUCUUUUAAUCAAACAAAAGAUUCCAUUUCUAAACCUUUAAAAAAACCAGCCAUUUCUAAUAUAUCAACAGCAUCAGGUCUGCAUUUACUUACACUUGCUGAACAAACACUCUGCAAUCAGUUACACAUUUUACCGAAACCAUAUCUUGUUAUUAAAGAUAUUAUUUUCAGAAAACUUAUAAAAACAGGAGGGCAGCUAAAAAAAAGACAAGCUCGUGAGUUAAUAAAAAUUGAUAUAAGUAAAACUUCAAGAAUUGUGGAUUUUAUGAUUAGUCAAGGAUGGAUUAAAAAUAAAGAUUCUACAUAA